AUGGCUCAAGAUAAUUCUCCAAACAAGACCACACCAGUGAAUCACAGACGCAGCCGCACCAAAUUCACACAAGAUCAAUUGAAAAUCCUCAUCAAAGCAUUUGAUAAAAACCCUUACCCAGGUUAUGCUACCAAACAAAAACUUGCUUUAGAAGUCAAUACUGAAGAGUCUCGAAUCCAGAUUUGGUUUCAGAAUCGAAGAGCUAGGCACCAGAAGAAAUCAGAACCCGAUGAGGACUUAGAAUCAAGCCAAGACCAAGAUCACCUUGAAGAGGAGAUUCAAAGUAGAGAAGACAGACGGAGUCGUACCAACUAUACGUCCUUGCAAUUACACGCCCUCAUUGAGGCAUUUUCGAACAAUCCUUAUCCUGGCUUUGAUUCCAGAGAGCAACUUGCUAAAGAAAUUGGUGUUCCCGAGUCAAGAGUCCAAAUUUGGUUUCAAAAUCGGAGAUCCAGAUUCCAUGCCCAGAGAAAAAGCGAACCUGAUGAUGGAGACUUAGAACAGAGACAAGACCAGGAACAGGAUCUCUGA